AUGGUCGCUCGUCGACGCCCGCGCAGUUGGCGCUACCUGGUGGAGUGUCUGCGGGACCCUCCGCGCAGCGACUUCGCGUUCGUGCCGCACCAGUACAUCUCGGCGCCGCUGGAGCUCUCGGACGCGUCCGACCUCUCCCCGAGCGACGAGAGCACGCCCAUCAACUCCCGGCCUGAGCACCGCCAGAAGCGGCUGGCGCGCCAGCGCAAUGCCUUCUUCGGGCUGCACGUGGCGGCUAUGGGGGCUGCGGGUGUGGCCUGUGCCUGGCUCUCGCUGUUCCCCAUAGCUCCGGGCAGACUCUACAACAUGCAGGUGGAUGUGUUCCGAGCUAGACACGAGCACGCCGAGUUCUUCUUCCGCUCGUGUCUGUAUCUGGGCACAGUGCUCGGAGCAGCGGGGGCGGGAUACUGCGGAGACCGACUGGGACGCGCCGGGACCCUGGAGCUGGCUGCCAUCCCGUUCAUUGUGGGCUGGGUGCUGGUUGGCGUCGCCUAUGGAGAGCUCACAGUGCUGAUCGGACGAUAUCUGCUUGGUGCAGCUGCGGGGAUUAUCUACGUCAUCGUGCCUGUGUACUUGGCGGAAGUGAGCGCUGCACACACUCGCGGACGGGUUAUCUGCGGGCAGAUGUUUAUCUCGUCGCUUGGAGGGAUCCUGUAUUUAGCGCUGGGGGCGCUCUUCAUGUACUUGAGUCGCCAAUAUCUUGGCUUUAACCUCAGUGAGUGGAAGGUGCUGGCACUGUCCGGGGUGGUGCCUGCCUUGGUGCUGUUGCUGUUCGCGCAGAAACUCCCGGACUCGCCCACGUGGCUUAUCGCUCGCCACGAUGACCGGGAGGCGGCGUUUGAAGUGCUGUACAAGCUGUUCAGCCGUGACGAAAGGAUUGCUGAGGACGAAGCGAACGCAAUCAUCCACGCCAAGGUGCUGGCCGCGAGUGAGUGGCGCCACCACGGCGCAUUCUUCCGCCCCGUUCUGCUUUGCGCUGCACUGUUCACUUUACGCGCUGUCAGUGCCUUCCUGCUCGAGCCUGCGAUUACUUCGACGCUCGUUGAAGCCAGCAGCAGAGGUGUCGGUGGAAACCACAACAACGCAUCCUUUGUGCUCACGAUCUUCGGUAUCGCCGUUGAAGGGGCCGAAGACGGCUUGAUUGCUGUAACGAUGGCAGUCGCCGUGGCAGCUACGAUGGGCGUAGUAGCCUGCUUUUACUUCGUUGACACCAGAGGACGACCUGCAGCGCUUCAGUGCGGGUGCUACUUGGUAGCGUUGGCUUGCGCUUUCCUGCUGGUCUCCGUCUACAAGAACACGCAGCAAGCAGACGACGACGGCGUGGCUCUCAGCGAUUCCGGUUGGGCCGCCAUGCUGCUGGUCAACGCUGGUCACCACCUCGGAUUCGGCAUUGUGCCUGUGAUCAUGGUCAGCGAGCUGUUUGCAGUGAAGCAGCGCAUGGGCGCAGUCAGUCUCGUGGUCAUCUGGGAGGCGAUUGUAAAUAUUGGACUUGCGCACGCAUUGCCUUCGCUUCGGGAGUUCAUGCCGACUCCAGUGUCCGUCUUCGGCGUCUGCGUGGGCACCGUCAUGGCGUGCAACAUUGCUGGGGUUGUUCUGUCCUGGUGGUACGUGCCCGAGACUAGCCGCCGUAGUCUGCAGGAUAUAGAGGCCAUCCUCUGCGGAUGGCAGCCAGCGACUCCACGCCGCACAACCUCAUCGCAUGUGAGAUUAGAAUACGGGAGCAGCGACUGA